CUAGCGUCACAUCCAAUCGCUCAGCCCUAGCAGCAACAACUCCUCACAUGAGGUUGCCGCCUAGAGACCACGGCCUGCGGUCAUCAUCAUGGCCUCAUAUUAACUGUCGCAGCCUGAUGUAAGCGGUGUAAUUAAUUCUGCCAUGCGCCUGCAUCGUAACCGAUUGUUGUCAACGGAAACAGCGCGUCAAUUUCACCUGUGAUCGAUCAGUCGCUCGCCAGUCUACCGAAAGCCAAGAGAUCUCGCGAUCGUGCCACGCGUGGCUCGCUCAUCUUGUGUUUCAUCACAAUGAUUAUCCCCAGUCUCGAUGUUGUUUACCCAAUUCACAUGAACCAUGUGCCGCCAGGAUGGCGACCUCUUGUGAAUCUUAUAUGUGUCCAUGAUCUGGGCGGGUCUCCCAAGGCAAGCUGGCAUCAUGACGAAUCUGGAAAAACUUGGAUCUCAGACCCCGAUUUUCUUGGGAGCUUCAAUGAUUCGGUUCGAGUGUGGACAUAUGGAUACAACUCGGACCCAGCGGCAAACAUGACGCCUGCGAGCAUUGCUCUCCAUGCUGACGAGCUCUUGAUAUCCAUGAUAUCCAACUACAGCAAAUACACUGGCGGCUCUACUGUUUUCAUUGCCCACGGGCUUGGGGGGACGAUCGUCAAAAAGGCAGUUGAGCUAUGCUCGAACUAUCCAGAAUACUUCGCUAUCAAAGGGUCCAUUGUCGGCGUCGUCUUUCUCGACACCGUUCACCAUUCGACAGACUCCGAGGGAGUUCUAGCAGCUGUAAAAACAACAGUGGCAGCGACUCUGCUCAAACACUCUACAAGACCGUCUGUUGAUGAUGUCAGACAAUUUGCAGAGGCUGUUCGAGGAGUCAAUAAGACAUUCCUUACACAGGCACCAUUAGACUUGACAAUCCUCAACUUUGUUGCAAUACGCCGAGUCGAGAUCACGUCCGAAGAUGGCUCAUCCUACAAGACUCUGGUUGUACCCAAACGAAGGGCCGAUAUGGACCCAACGCAGGGUUUGAACCUGUCUGUAGGCUGCCAUCACUUCCAGCUGACACAGUUCCCGUCCCCUUCAGACAAGAUAUACAGCCUAUUGGCAGAUCACGUGGGCGAUAUGAUGACAAAGAUAUCCUCUUCGAACAACAAACGGGUGUUCUUCGCGCCACCACCUCCUGUGGCGCCAACGACAGCCAACCCCCCACCCCCGUCACCGCCUCCUAGUCCUCCUGGGCCUCCAGGUCCGCCGGGCCCGCCAGGACCCCCGGUGUCUCUGCUGCCGCCGCCUCGAACCGGUAUCCCUAUCGGCCCACCACUGCGAGAUCAGACCAAUGAGUCAUUCAGUUUGUGGGCCAGAAAGAAAGAAGCUGCUGAUAAGAAAAAGCACCGAGACAUCCUUGUCAACAAACUUGGUCGUUGGGACGAGCAUCAUCUUGGGCACGAUAUACAUCCGACUCCAGAUACUUGUACCUGGAUACAGUCUCAUUCUAUCUUCAAAAGCUGGGUCAAGUCCAACAAAACGGAGGGCCUCUUUGUGCAAGGCGCCACAGGAUGCGGUAAAACUCACUUGGCCAAGUCCGUCGCCAACUACCUAUCCUGGGAUCGCCCUCGUUCUCCACCGGAUAACAACAUUGUGCUCUCCUUCUUUUGCAACGUCAGCACUGUGAGAAAUAAGAAGCCGCCGAUUGCCGAGUACUUUGUCCGAUCGCUCCUUCAGCUGCGACCAGUCUGGUCUGAGUCCAUAGCGCCUUAUCAUCGAUUGCAGCAGCUGAAAAGCCAGCUCGAUUUACCGGCGCUGUUCGAUAUCCUGCGCGACUUCAUGAGCCAGAUGCAGUAUACCACCGGUCCACCAAAGACGACUGCCGUUUUCCUCAUUGUGGACGGCCUGGAUGACUGUGAUAUUACCUUUGCUCGGGAGUUACUCCGUCUUGUAGCAAGUCUCCUCGACCACCCCGGGGCUCGCUCAACGCCAGCUUCUGGUCCAGCCCUCGCAGGACAAGGCGUGCCGCGCGAAACUGUGAGGUUCAAGUUCAUGUUCACAUAUAGCCCUUGCGAGAUCCUGAACAUGACCUCCUGCAUACCUAAUUCCGCUAGGAUUCUGAUGAGUGACUUGGAAAUUCGCAAAGACAUCAGUACUUACGUGGACCGGGAGCUGGACGUCAUGUCUAUGCUUCGUUCUUUAGAUGGGCCGCCGGGCGGAGUUCGAUCGUGGAUUAGGAACAACUCAGAGUCAUUCUUUUGGUUCGCAAAGUACUCCAUCGAGGACGCAAUGACUACGAUCGAAAAUGGAGAGGAGAAGGGGUACUCCUUGAGUGGAAGAAUGCUUCCGUGCCCUUCCAGGCUUGGGCAAUACUACGACAGGGAUCUCCUACCACUAUUCCAGACGAUCGAAGAAGAUGGGAAAUAUGCUCUCUCAGCUGUGCAAUUUGUACUCGGCUGUCUUGGUAAACCGAACGGAGGCAUGAUGGGCGACGUACUCGCCUUUCUUCACAAAAACCCUGACUUGAAAUUCUUUGACUUCGGCAACUUCGUGAGGCAACGGUGCCCCCGGCUCCUUCACAUUUCGAUCAACGACGACUUCCAGGUCAGCCACCCGUCUCUGACCUACCACUUCAGACGUUACUACUUCAGCGAAAAAGAGCAGCACGCCAACAUGGCAUUCUUGUGCAUAAAGUACCUGUCCAGAUCCGACUUCGCAUGCUUCAAAUCAAUCAUGGCUCCCGAUAUCUCAGCACGUCACCCGUUCUACUUGUAUGCGGCAACCAACUGGGGAGAACAUCUCCGUCGUGCGGGUGACAAGGUGGUCAAACUGCUCCCUCUCCUGGGCGAUUUCGUCAACUCUAUGAACUACAGAACCUGGUCAGCGCAUUACUCCUGGAACAUUGCACUGACACAUCGUCGAAGCGAUCCGAUAGAUGACACGUUCGUCUCUCCUGUGUUCACAUUCAUUCAUGCUGAUAUUGGCCACCUCACCUACGAGAUUCAAUGGGCAGGGAGUGGAGAGGCAUGGUCAUGGAAGACUGAGCUUAUAAGGAAGACAUGGCGGUACUUGUAUGAGCGAAAUCAAGCCCCCAGAAUUGCCAGGCUCAUUGAAUAUUGGAGGCCAGAGUCUUAUUUCUCGGUCCACAACGCUUACGGCCAUACCCCUCUCAUGCAUGCAGCAGGCUCAUCAGAAGGACAGCCCGAAAUGGUCGACUACUUCCUGAAGCGGACCAAAAACGUUAACGAGCGAGGCUCUUUGAACGGCGGAACUGCUUUGAUGAUUCUGUGCACGCAGCUGGAAACGCGCGAUGAAGACCUUAUGGAACGCUUGGUCACAUCACUUCUUGAUGCUGGGGCCGACCCUAAUAUCUCGGAUAACUGGGGCGAAACACCCCUACUUGUACCUUGCAGUAGAGGAAAAACUGCCAUGGUUGAGUUACUCCUCCAAGCGGGAGCUAGGCCUGAUAUGUUGAGCAUCCACGGAGCAAUCAUGCACCCCCUACGCGAAGCAAUCAUGCAAUAUCACAAUGAGGUUGCGAGGCUCUUGAUUGACUAUGGCGUUGAUCUGAGCUUGCAUUUCCCCUGGCCAAACCUGCAAUUACCGUUAACAGCUACCAUCACCGAACAGAACUUUGACAUCUUCAUGCUUCUUCUAAGCAGAGUUAAAGACAUCAACCAAUUAGACGGCAUGGGAUACGCUGCGAUUCAUCUGUUGACAGGCCCCUUGCAUAUUGAUUGGCUACCGCAUCUUCUGAAACGACCCGAUGUUGAUCUGGAACUUCUCUCUAAUGGCAUCUCAGGCGAUGGAAAGAAAUUCAUCCGGCGGACUCCGCUGACCUUUGCAAUCUUUGAUGAUAACUUCAAGGCGGUGGAGCUUUUGUUGGAAGCAGGGGCAAGUCCUUGCCGUCACCCCGCAUCACCAGAUGAGACGCCCCUUUUCACGGCAGUUGAAAUGGCGAGGACGACGAAAAAUAAGGAGAGUCUGGAAGAAAGCGAGGUUGAUAUCAGCACGGGCAACACCGACAUAGUCGAGCUGCUCCUUGCCUACCAGUCACCUAUUAAUACGUUGAAUCGCAAGUCGAAGAAGUACGCCAAAUCCCCAUUGAUGGUGGCUGUGGACUACAAGGACCAAAACAUGGUGAAACUUCUUUUACGACACGGAGCGGACCCGACCCUCGAAGAAGCCUACGGACUGCCGGGUCCUCUCGACGCCGCUAUGCUAGACGAUGAAGACAUCGCCAGAGGAAUGAUCAAAGUCUUGCUUGAAAACUCUUUGCCACCAAGUAUCAAUUAUGUCCCGGACAACUCUGACUUUCAGCAUAUCCUCAUCGAAGCGAGUGAUAUGAAGCCGGAGGUCACGCGGUUGCUGCUUGACUACGGUGCUGAUACGAAGCGUUUCUUAUCCUAUAUCCCCGGGUGCUUCACCACUCCCCUCCAUCGGGCCGCGGAAGAAAACAACAUUGAGACUGUAAAAGUCUACGCUGAAAACGAGCCAGCCCUGGUAACCUACCAAUGCGACGAAGGGCUCGUCUAUGAGACACCUCUUCACAUCGCCGCCAGAGACGGACACAUUGAUAUUCUGCGGUGUCUCCUCGACGCAGGUGCACAGCCGGGCCAAGCCUCAUAUCAUUGGCAGGAAACACCGCUUUGGUUGGCCUGCGAAUCAGGAAGGCUAGAAAUUGCGCAAUUACUCUAUGAGAUGGCGCCAGAGACACUGGAAACCGCCUCCUACGACGGAAAGACUCCUCUGAUGGUAGCCUGCGAGAACGGCAACCUCCAACUGAUCCAGUUCCUUCUCGAAAAAGGUGCCGACAUCACAGCACAAUGCUCAAUGGGAACAUCGUGUGUCGGUAGCUCAGUCUCCGAGGACAACGGCGCGGGCCACAAGAUCAUUGAUCUGCUACUCCAACACGGCCUCGGUGUUGACGACGUCGUCGGCUCAUCCGGCUUCACGGUGCUCGGAGAGGCAUGCAGGAGCGGAGACGUCCCGACUGUCCGGUACUUACUCGAUAAGGGAGCGGAUCCGGCAAAGGGACAGAAGUGGCCGGGAGACACUUCCACUAUAUGGAGGUCCGCGCUGGUAGUUGCCGCCUUGUGCGAGUACGUUAAGGUGCUCGAGGUGCUACUCGGACAUCCACAAUUAGCGAAUUUCAUCGAGAACGUUGACUACUACGGCAACAAUGUCCUGCACAGGGACGCAUCAUGUCAUCGAGAGCAAGUUUCUGAAAUGGCCACGCUAGUAUACUCCGUGUGCGAAAAGUUGAAAGCUGAGACUGGCGUCGACCAUUUCCAACAGAUGCUUGCUGUCAAGAACAGCGACAUGCAUACGCCUCUGGACAUGGCUAUCGAUCUGCCACACAAGGGCUUCAGCAGUGAGGCGAUAGCAAAUAUCGACAUUUUUCUCAGGCGCUACAUUACAGAGCUGAAAGUCGCCGAAAGCCGGACAUUUACCCAGCACAAACAUCUUAUGCGAGACAUCGCUAUCAUCCUCCUAGCGAGAGGGAAAUACGACGAAGAGGCUGUACGUCUGUUCCAGGCUUUGAUCGUCGAUGUAUGGGUAACGAGGGAAGACGGGCAGUGCAUCGAGACAGUAUUUUGCAUGCCCAACUGCGAUCUCUGCGACGAAGACGAGCAGGAGCAGGUUUCAUUUUGCCGGCUCUGUGGCCUCAGGGUUGGCAUGAAGUGCGUCGACGAGGCAAGGUCGCACCACGAUUUGGUCGAUAUCCCCGUCAUCAAAGACCGCAGCAUCAUUGACCUCAAUUCAGAACCCAUCAAUGAGAUCUUGGACCUUUUGAAGAAUGACUUUGUCGUCGCACAGAGUCCUCGGGCAGUAGAGGAAACUUUUAUCGCCUGUUUCGAAGUAGAGCAAGACUCGGAAGAUACGACUCUCUCGCUCGCUGCACUCCAUGCUUUCGGAUACCUGGAAUUCCGACGUCGAGCCUGGAGUCCUUACUUGCCGCUGGCGCCCGCGGUGUACAAGCGAAUACAGCCUUGGGAGCCCAUGUUCAUGAGACCGAGACGAGACUUUGAAGAAUGGGCUUGGGAUAUCGAGACGUCGCCUUACAGGCUACAGAGCGAACUGAACUACUUUCUUGAGUCGGGCAGAAGAUUGGCAUACAAAGACGAAGAGGCGACAAGGUUGGAGCAGAUUCUGAGUGAUGUUGGGUGGCUUUAUCCGCAGCGAGAUUUUCAAGGUGAUGAUGAUUCAGGUGUUGUGAUCGAUGAGUAGACCGGGCAGCGGCGUAGAAAUGCCGGGAAGGAUAUAUCGAGGCGUUUAGAGUGUCUGGCGGCCCCUUAUCGACGACUCACGAGAUUGAAACGUACUGAUGACUGAUGAAACCACGGCAUCGAGAGUUCAAUGUUGUAUUCUACUUGAAUGGCGAGAUAAUCAACUGCAGUCCUCUAUUUCCAUCACACCCCAAGAUGUCCCUAAAGUCUAACCUCCUGAUCAUGCUCUGGAACCCUCUAGCGUCUGUGACAACCCACCUCUCC